AUAUAUCAACGCCUUCUCACCUUAUAUACUUGUAUUCAGAGACCUUUAAGCUCACAUCACACAUUCAAAGUCAUGGAUUGGUUCUCUUGGCUAUCAAAAACUGGCCUUGACCCUUCUCUUGUUUAUGAAUAUGGUCUUGCUUUUUCUCAUAAUGAGCUUGAAGAAGAUGAUAUAGCUUACUUUAACCAUGAGUUUCUUCAAAGCAUGGGGAUAUCAAUAGCCAAACAUAGGCUGGAGAUCCUAAAGCUUGCUAGGAAGGAGAGUGGAGCUGGCCCACAUCCCAUGGCAAGAGUUCUUAUACUAAUCAAGAGAACAAAGAGGUUUCUAGGUAAGUACAUAAGAGCUUGGUAUCCCCACGAUGAAUCUGCUCUUGUUGUUGUUCCAAGGCCUGCAGGUUAUGCAACUAGAUGGAGAGGAGCAAUGUUGAAGAGGAACAAGAAAUUGAUGAUGGCUAAGCAAGGGAGAUUGUUGCUCGCCAAUGGAAGUCCUAUAGUGAUUUCUGGGCCUAGACGAAUAGAAAGUUUUUCAAGUCCAGUGGUGUAUGAUCCUCAAAAAGAGGGGAAGAUGGAUGGUGAUGAUGAUGGGUAUUGGUCAAAUGUUGUUGAAGAGAUCAGGUGGGAUACCAUGUUUCAGAAUCUGAAACCAACCUGAAUUGAACUAAUCAUUUCGGUUUUUAGUUCUCUUAUCUUUUUCCAAAUGCUUUCUUGAUGUUAAUUUUUAGUGGCGAGAGCUGGAUUUCUUUGGGUUCUUCCACCAGAGUCUUGUUAAUUUGUCUGUUUAAGAAGAUAUAUUUUCUUCUUUUUUUCUCUCCAUUAGUGGUAGGUUAGACAUACAAAGUUGAAUAGUGAAAAAAUAUUCAUAUAAAGGAUUCCAACUAGUUAGGGAUUAAGGUUGAAUUGUUGUUGUAACGGUGGGUCAGACAGAGGACAUACUUUGGCAUCCAGGGUCAGAGCCUGUUUCAGCAACGAGAUUGUCUCCCCUUGCUUCCGUGUAGUGUAAUCUUCAAUCUUUGCCAGAAAAGAAGGUAUUAAUCGCAUUAGUCUCUCUGAGAAGAGUCUGAACAUUGCUUUAGGUAUGCAAAUAUGUAGUGAAGUGUAUUUGGUAAAAGAAUAAGAAGCUAAAAU